UCGUCUCCCCCCCCGCAGGCAAAGCGCCUGCUCCCUCCCCCUCCACCUCCAGGCUUCUUUCACCGUUCGCCGCCGCCUCCGCGCCUUCGAGCCCGCACGGAACGCGCCUAGUGCCAUGGCGAAGAAGCGGAAGCGCACCGACGCGCCCGCGAAGGCCGCCGUCGCAGAGAAGCCCGACGACUCCGCGCCGGAGCGCCCGCCGCGCACGCUCUUCGGCUUCAAGGAGCCGGCCCCCGACGCCGAGCCCGCAUCCGAGGCCGCUGGCUCCGCCGCGGCGGCGCCGUUCCGGAACAAGGAGAAGGUGCUCAUCACCUGCUCCCGCCGCAUCACGUACAGGUACCGGCAUCUGAUGCAGGACAUCCUGUCGCUGCUCCCGCACGCGAAGAAGGACAGCAAGGUCGAGUCGAAGCAGAGCAAGGGUAACGCGCUGAACGAGCUGCUCGAGCUCAGGAGCUGCUCCAGCUGCCUCUUCUUCGAGUGCAGAAAACAGAAGGAUCUUUACCUUUGGAUGGUCAAGUCUCCUGGAGGACCAUCAGUGAAAUUUCUAGUUAAUGCUGUUCACACUAUGGAGGAGUUGAAGCUUACUGGUAACCAUCUAAAAGGCUCACGCCCUCUUCUUACGUUUUCUACAAAUUUUGAUGAGCAACCUCAUUGGAUGCUUGUGAAGGAAAUGAUAACUCAGAUAUUUGCUACUCCUAAAGAUCACCGUAAAGUCAAACCUUUCCAUGACCAUGUGUUUGCCUUCUCCAUUGUGGAUGGCCAUGUUUGGUUUCGAAACUACCAGAUUUCUGUUCCCCACAAUGAGAUUGACAAAGUUGAUAAAGGAGGUUUGGAUAAAAUGACACUUAUUGAGGUUGGCCCCAGGUUUUGUUUGAAUCCAAUCAAAAUAUUCGGUGGUAGUUUUGGUGGUCCUACAUGGUAUGAGAAUCCAUUCUAUAUUUCUCCCAAUCAGAUCCGUGCACUAGAGAAGCGGCAGAAGGCAGGCAAAUAUGCCAAGAAGGUGAAGGCCAAGGUGAAGAGGAAGAUGCACGAGAUGGAGAACACCCUAGAACCUGAUGAGUUUGCUGAGCUCUGGAAAGGGGAGUAGAUGUGCUUCGAUCGACCCUAUCAAAGGCGUGAAACACCUGCAACGGCUUUAAUGAAGCACCUAUUUUGUUUACGAGUGUCCAUGUUGUGGAAGUUUUGUAUGACAAAGCAUGCGAUUAUUUUACAUAAACUGGAUUCUAGUGAUAAGACAACAUCAGCCCAUAUUUUCUCUUCUCGUGUUUACCGAUAUUGGUUUU